AUGGCUUCGCCUCUAUUUGCUGCGCGGGCGGCCCGCAAGGCUGCCUUCAAUGUCGCCGGCAAGCGAUACCUAUCCGAUAUUUCCAUUACUCGAACUGGCAAGCCUAUCAUGCGUGUUGAGGGAGGCCGGAAACCAGGCCAUACUGUUACCGUAUUUGGCGCAACCGGCCAACUAGGGCGAUACAUUGUCAACCGACUGGCCCGUCAGGGAUGCACUGUCGUUAUUCCCUACCGCGAGGAGAUGUCUAAGCGUCAUCUUAAGGUCACUGGAGAUCUUGGCCGUGUUGUCUUCAUUGAGCACGACCUUCGAAACACCCCUUCGAUCGAGGCGAGCGUCCGACAUUCCGAUGCCGUUUUCAACUUGAUUGGCCGCGACUAUCCUACCAAGAACUUCUCUUUGGAGGAUGUGCACGUUGAGGGAACUGAGCGAAUUGUCGAGGCUGUUUGCAAAUACGAUGUCGACCGAUAUAUCCACGUUUCCUCCCACAGUGCCAACUCUCAGUCCGUCUCCGAGUUCUACCGAACAAAGGGUCGAGCUGAGGAGGUUGCCCGACAACUUUUCCCUGAGACCACUAUUGUCCGACCUGCGCCCAUCUUUGGUUUCGAGGACAACCUGCUGCUGAAGCUUGCUGGUGUCACCAACCUCUUCACUUCCAACAACAUGCAGGAGAAGUUCUACCCCGUCCACUCUAUCGACGUUGGUGCUGCUCUUGAGAAGAUCUUCUAUGACGACACAACUGCUGGCCAGACUUUUGAGCUUUACGGACCCAAGAAGUACAGCAUGGAGGAGAUUUCCGUAAUGGUUGACAAGGAGAUUUACAAGCAGCGACGACACAUCAACGUGCCCAAGGCCAUCCUUAAGCCUGUUGCUGAGAUCCUAAACAAGUUCCUCUGGUGGCAUACUUUGUCAGCCGAUGAGGUUGAGCGUGAGUACCUGGAUCAGGUCAUUGACCCUGAGGCCAAGACCUUUAAGGAUCUUGGUAUUGAGCCUGGUGACAUUAUCAACUUCACCUACCACUACCUGCAAGGAUUCCGAAGUCAGAACUUCUACGAUCUCCCCCCUGCGACAGAGAAGGAGAAGAGGGAAGAGAAGAAGUACAUCCAUGUCUUGGAUGAGCUGUAA